UCCUCACACAACCUAGGCAAGCACUCCACCACGGAACUACAUUCCAAACCAAUGUCAAUACUUUCAAUAAAGAUAGGAUCCAUGGUCCUGAUUUUCCUUUGGACUCUGGUUUGACUCAGCACAGAAUACUUACUGAUCCUUUGUCCCAGGUUUGGCUCAGGCAUCUAGUGAUGGAAAAUUCCAAAGAAGCAGUCAUUUUUGUUGUUGUUGUUGUUCUGAUGGAGAUGAGGGAAGAGAAAGAAUCUGGACUUAAACACAGUGACCCAGAGCUAUCUGUGGAGCUUCCAGGGCAAGGACAUUAUUUAUUGGGUACUGGCUAUGCACCGGAAGUCAUGCCAAGUGCUUCCCAUGGAUCGUUCCACUCUGUUUUCACAGUAAUUCUUUGCACCCAAUCAAUGUGAGACGUGACCCCAGCAUCCCCACCUAUGGACUCCGACGGUCCAUCUUACUGAACACCAGGCUUCAGGAUUGCUAUGUGGUUUCACCAGCUCUCACCAACAUCUGGAUGGCCAGAACAUGUGCAAGGCAGAACAUCAAGACCCCAGCACCAGGUACCACCUCUUGCUGGGAAGUGGUAAAGAACCCAAUAAUUGCCAGUUCGUUCUCUCUGGCUAAGCUUGGGCUCCGGAGGCAAUUGAAGGAUAAAUGCUGUCCAGUACCUUCCAAGUUUGGAGAAGCGAAGCCACUGAAGAGAUUAAAGCCCAGGAACAAUUCAACAAUGAAAGCCACGCAGCAGGCCAGGAUAAGAAACCCCAUCAGAUCCAAGAACAAGCUGCCAGCAGGGCAGCUGCUGGGCUCACCUGGACGAGGAGGACAGAGUCCUGCAGGAAGCAUUGGCGAGAGCAAAGAAAGUUCAAAGGAGAAAAAAGUAACAGUCCGCCAAGAACUUGAAGAUAGAUAUGUGGAACGCGUGGCCGCCACCCAAGCACUACCCUGGGACAGAGGGACCGCAGCCUGGAAGGGCCGAGCAUUGCCUCCUGAAACCCCAAUGAGACAGCAGGUGCUGGGGGACUCGCUAACAAUCCAUGGGCUCCCCACAGAGUGUUACCGGGCUCUGUACCAUGCUGUGGUGGAGCCGAUGCUGUGGAAUCCUUCAGGAACCCCCAAGAGAUACAGCUUGGAGCUGGGCAAGGCCAUUAAACAAACACUUUGGGAAGCUCUGUGCAGUCAGGCCACCACCCUUGAAGGUGCUCAGAAGGACCCACUGUCUGGCAGGAAGUGGCUGGUGGUCCAUGAGCCUAUGCCCAAGAAAUGGCCCAAGUUAAAGAGUGAAAAAUAAAAAUAGGAACCUAUGGGAAUAGGAUAUUCUCUGCUAGAUGUCUGAAAAAUAAACACUACUUUGCACCUUCUACAUAAUCUCAAAGAGUGCUUUACAAAUUAGUGACUGUGAAACAAGACAAACAAUCCCCUCUACACUCAUGGGUAGGUAAUUUAUUUGUGUAUGUUGCUUUAAAGAGAUGGGGCCUCACUUAGUUACCCAGGCUGGGAUACAGGUGCGACACCCUGCAUCCAGCACAUGGUUAUUUAAUUUUGAGGGCUAGUGUUUGGAGUUUUUUUUGUACAUAGGAAAAGCCCUGCAUAUGAAGCCAAUGGUUUAGGUCCCAAAUUUUUAAAAAGUGGACUGCUAAGCUCUUUGUCUCCCUCCACACAUCCUGAGCAGAAAGUCUACCACCACCUCAAGGAAAUAAACCCACAGUCAGUCCCUAGCAGAUGACCACUUGUGACAUUGCAGAAAUGACCUGUAACCUGGACUCCAUGUUAACAGGAGAGGAAAUCACAUGGAUGCUUCCACGGGCAAGCUGAUGCAAAGCUCUUUGUAGGUUCUGAAGACCUUAACCAAACAGCAACGACAACAUAUAAAACACAUACUUGAU